GAGAGUCACGUGACCACUGGCGUAACACAUUUGAAUUGCUGUUUUGUGUCGCGAGCAGAACGGAACUUUUCCUCGUCGUGGAAACAAAAAACAACAAGGUCGAAAGGAGACGCAGCCGCGAGAUGGAGCGUCGAGCGGGCAGCGAUGUGAUUUAUCUGGUGGACGAGAAGUUCGACUUCGAUGUUUCGCUGUCACCUGACAGCUCCAACUGCGACGAAGACGCGGAUGAUGUCUUUGUGGACCCGUCCCGCCAUGCGGCCAAACGUGCGCCCGAUCACUUGCCCUCCCGCCUUGAGGAAGGGGCUGUCGGCGCACGGAGCAGCUGGAGUCCGCUUUCGGGGGACCAGCUGGACGCCGUGUGCCGGGAGGCCAAGCGAUUGGCCGAACAGCUGCAGCGCGGCCAAUGGCUGCGGGGCGAGGAUGAGGCCGCCGCCCACGAAGACGGGGAGCGCUUCAUCCAGGACGGCGCCGCCAAACUGGCGGCGCUGGCGGCGCCCCGCAGCCUGUGCAGCCCCGUCAAACGGCAGACCUUCCUGGUGCAGGACAGCCCCAUGAAGGACCUGCCCCCGGCUAUCCGGCACCGCUUGCAGCGAGGAAACGCCACCGCCAAGUUGGGCGCCCUCCUGCCCAGCAAGCCGGCCGCCCCGAGGGCUUCCUCUUUGAUCGGCAGGGGCCCCGGCGCCCAAAAAUCCCGAGUGGCGUCAGGUUGCAAACCGAGUCCUGAUCUCGACGGUCGGGCCCAGCCCAGCGAGGAUAUUCUGUCAGAUUCCGCCGGCGCGGCGCACGACGUCUUCGACUCGCCCCUCAACUCCAGCGCGGUGGGAAAAAAGCGCCCGCUGGCUCCGCCCACCAAAGUAAUGCACCGUUAUGAUCGGUUGACCGUGUUGUUAGCGCAACCCGACCGCAGCUAUUGCAUCUCUUGUCGUCGCUUACUUAUGACGUGGUCACCCAUCUGCCCCUUCCCGGUUGUUAGCCUUCAACCAAAGGCCUCAAGUGGCCCGCUGACGCCCUCUGCAGGAGCAAGCAAACCUCUGCAGUUGCAUUCCCAGCGUCCCUCCGGUCUCCCCACGCCGCUCAAACGCCGGGCGUCGGCCAUUCCCGCGCCGACGCCCGGCAGCCAGAGCCGAAACUCCAGACCCCCCAGAACGCAGGCCGCCUCGGACUCGGACUGCCCCCCCAGGACCUGCCCCAGUCCCGCCCCCCUCGAUUCUAAUAGGGCAGUGCCUGUCGACGUGCAGCCCUUCUGUCUGGAGGAGGAGCCUCCCGCCGAGCCCAGCCAAUCAGAGAGCCCGGAGGGCAAAGAGCCAUCCCGUCGCGGCCAAUCGGAGCCCAGCGAAGACCUCGUCCGGCCGGAGAGCGCCAAACGGGAGGUUCUUUUGCUGGACCUUCCUGCUCCGAUGCCCCCGACCCACGAGAAACUGCUCAUCGACCUGAGAAACACUCCGGACUGGAUCCGAAACGGCACCAAGAACUGUACCGCCAUGCAGCAGCUGAUUGACUUAAGUUCGCCGCUCAUCAAGUGGAGUCCGGAAGACAAGAAGGAGAACAGCGCCCCCCUCAUCAACCUGUCCUUCUGAAACGUGCACACACUGAGUGAUGUGUGUGUGUGUGUGUGUGUGUGU